AUGGCAGAACACCUGGCGGCCUUGGCAGCUGCCACUGCAGCGACAAGCCACGAGGUCCUCAGUGAGCAUGUCAAGAUCGCGGCACUGUGGCGAUUGUUGCCUCCUGAGAUCAAAGUCCAUGUCAACAUGUUGGUCAAGGAUACCACUACCUAUGCCGAUGUGAACGCGACAGUCACUGAGUAUGAGGUGGCUGAGCGCCGGUACACGCCGCUCAAGGAAGCGUCGGUAUACGACCACACCUCAGGAGCCAAGACCAAAUGUCAGAUCUGUGGAAAGACCAACCAUACGGCGGACAAAUGCUACCAAAUGUACAAAGAAGGUGGCGCCACAGGGAACGUCAACCAGGUCACUGCACCGGAGACCGGAGUGACGGUGACGGUAGUCCGACAGCAAGAAGCGGAUACAUCGCCAGAGACCGAGUUGAGGGUGACAUCAACCGGGGUGAGAUCUUGCAAAGAGGACGGCAGUGUCAUCAGCCAUGAGUCCAGGUAUCGCAUCGUUGGAUUGAAAUUCUACGGUGCUGAUCGAAUGACAGCUGAGAUCGAAAUCCCUUUCCUCAUUGGACCGGUCAAACAGCCAAUUUUGUCACUUGGCAAGUUGGUUGCAGGACUUAACGCCCAGUUGAAAAUUGGUGCUGAGGGAGGAGAUGUGCUGCAACUUGAUGGAAUGACUUUUAAAGUUACCCGAAUGUUGCAGAGUUACUACAUCCCUUGCUAUCCCAUGGCGCCGGAGGAUGACUACUGGGUCCAACAGAUCGGAACCACGAAGAUGAUGACUAUCGGGGACGGAGUGGUCAAAUACAAACAACGAAUGCGAGUGGAACCCUCGAAAAUCCAAUUGGAAGAGGCGAAGCCGGAGAAAGCUGCUUCAGCCCGACAGGUUCCAGUGUGGCAAGAACGGGAGCCACGGGCGCUGCCGAAAGCCCUUGCAAAGAAGUCGUGUGAUACCUCUGUCAAGCAGGAGAAGACGAAAUCACCGAAGGAGUCCAAGGAGACUCGAUCACCCAAAGAGUCAACAGAGACUCGAUGGCAAAAGGAGUCCAAGGAGGCCAAGAGCCAAGCGGAAGCCGGAGCCCCAGGAGAUUCCAGCUUCUUCAGCGCCAUCAUCAGGUACACCAAGUACCGAGGCACGAAUUCGGCAGACUACGGUCGCAGUUCAGAAGAAGAAGAAGAAGGGGACGUCGAGGUUGAGGAGCCCACAGGAGGGGUUCGACUCAAAGGAGCCCAAAGACGUCCUGCAGAAGCAGCAGGACCUCCACCUGACCGUCCGGCCGGUCGUCUGAAGAAACGACGUUCGGAGUGGACAGAGGAGGAGAAGCGUGCAGAGAACUGGAGUGCACGACAAAGGAAGAAAGCUCGACCAAAGGUAAGAACAAAGGUAAAAGUCAACAUCAAGUGUAUGCUGUUACGUGUGAUCCAGAACUGCGGAUCCACGCCGUUGAUGACGUUGAAGCCCAGGGUGAAGACCAUUGGACUGUCUCACCAGACGGAAAGAGAGCAUGUGGGCGAGGCCGAGGACGUGACCUUCCUCACCUUGGUUUGA